CCAAAACAUUCAAGGGGCUGCGAGGAGAUCGUGUGUUAUGGGAUUUACACGAAAGCAGAGAUGUCUUCAGAUCCAUGUGGCACAUCCCUGCACUGAUAUGGGAAUCAACAAAGAAGGAGUUGGGAGCAGUAAAGGCGGGAUCUGGAGUCCAGGGGGAGUGCAAUGCAGUUAGUGCUGCAGGAGUGACGGUUUCUGCAAGGUCGGGGGAGACUGAUUGGGAAACCGCACACAGGCGUCUAGGGCAUGUGGCUAUGCCAUUGCUGCAGCAACUGCAUAAGGAAGAAGCAGUAAAGGGGCUGAAGCUUUCUGGGCAACCAAAUGAUACCAAGUGCGAGACGUGUCUGCAGAGCAAGUUCACACGGUUCCCCUUUCACGGCAUAGCUGGGAAAAGCAAGGCAGCACUGGAACUGGUGCACAUGGACCUGGUAGGACCUUUUCCAGUUCGAGGAAGUAAGGGGGAAAGGUACUUCCUGACAAUAGUUGAUGACUGGAGUCGGCUGAUGUGGGCAUACCCGUUGAAGCAGAAGGAUCAUGCUGCCUCAACAAUACGAGAUGACUGGCUGCCGUUCGUCGAGCGACAAUCUGGGCACCCGUGCAAGAGCAUCAGAACCGACCGAGGGCUGGGAAACUCCAUGUGGCCUCAUGCGGUGAGGCAUGCUACAGUGGCAAGGAACCGCGUACUCACAAAGCUUGGAGGAUCUGCACUGUGGUGUGUGCACCUUGGGCUUGCGGCAGAGAGCAAGGGGUGGCUACUCUGGGAGCCCUCGAAGAAUGUGCUGUUUGACAGUCGGGAUGUCAAAUUUGUGGAGAACAUCAUGUAUGGCAAGUGGGAGAAGCAGCCGGAGGCAAGGGUCACCCAGCAGCUGGAAGAGAUCACUAUGCACUUCGAUUUGUCCGAACCUGAGGACAGCGAAGUCACUGCGCCAACGACAAGCGGUACUGAUGAAGGAAGCAAUGAGGAUAUUGCAGCUGAUGCUGAAGUCAAGGAUCCGGAGCAGCAGCAGCAAGAGGCUUCCAAAACACCAAGUCUGCCAAAGCGAAGGAAACAGAUUGGUGGGGGGACAAAGGAUUGGGUGAAGGUAAAAGAAUGGGGACAGUACAUCAACACCUUGGCUGAGAAGUACUCUCUGCAGGAAGAACGGGAAGUGGUUACACCUUUGCCUUCCGAUCUGAAACGGCACUAUCGUCAGUGGAAUCUGAGUACAUGGCGAUGUUUCAUGCAGCAAAAGAAAUCAUUUGGCUAAGGAGGCUCUUGAAGGAGAUCGGCCAUGAACAGACUUGUGCGACACCUCUGUUCAGUGACAGCAAGGGAGCCAUUGCCAUGGCACGCAAUGCAGUUCUUCAUGGGUUGAACAAGCACAUGAGGAUCAAGUGGCAUUGGCUGCGGAAGGAGGUGAAGCUUGGGACACUGGAUCCGAUCUACGUGAAAACUCAGCAACAGCCAGCCGACUUCCUUACCAAGCGGCUAGCUGAAGAGCCACACUGGCGCUGUGCGAGAAUGGCGGGAAUGUCCUUGAACUAGA